AUGGCAUCCACUAAUCUCCCACCGAUCAUGCUAGACCAUCUUUAUUCCAUGGAUGACAAUCUUAAAGCAGGAGGGCCCUUUUUACUACUUGAAGAAGCCCGUGAGAAUCCUGUUGUCAAUGAUGAGCCACCGCCUGAAAUUGAUCCUAUAAUUGAAACUGCUUCCAUAUCCAGGUGUUGUAUUGAGAAGGGCCUGUUUCCAGCCAUUCCCUUAUUCUUCCAAUAUCUCUGUAGCAUCAGUAAGGGUUGGUCAGAGUGGGUUGACAGUGAGCUGCUCGAUCCAUCUACUUGCGACAUUUUGCGCAGGGCACAGGUUCUUAAUGCCAUCUUUCUUUCCAAGUUGUGGGAUAUCCAUAUUGAAGCAAAGAUGCUUCGCCAUGUGGUCCGAAGGUGGAGCGCUGCUACUCACACCUUUAUAUGUUCAUGGGGGGAAUUUACCCCUACUCUUGAGGACGUGGCAAAUAUCUCUUGUCUCCCAGUUCGUGGCGAUCGGAGUCCAUUUGACAUCGCUCUUACCCCGGAAGAAAUAGACAAGCUUGUAGUUUUACGAAGAGGUGCCCGACUUCCCCCCGCACCUCGCUCCGAUUUAGCAACUUGA